AUGUCUAAGAUUACCUCUACCCAAAUCAGAGACAACGUCAAGGAGGUGUUGAAGUACUCCAACGAAACCAAGAAGAGAAACUUCUUGGAAACCGUCGAAUUGCAAGUCGGUUUGAAGAACUACGACCCUCAAAGAGACAAGCGUUUCUCCGGUACCUUGAAGUUGCCUCAAUGCCCAAGACCAAACUUGUCCAUCUGUAUCUUCGGUGACGCCUUCGACGUGGACAGAGCUAAGUCGUGCGGUGUUGACGCCAUGUCCGUCGAUGACUUGAAGAAGUUGAACAAGAACAAGAAGUUGAUCAAGAAGCUGGCCAAGAAGUACUCCGCCUUCGUUGCCUCCGAAGUCUUGAUCAAGCAAGUUCCAAGACUCUUGGGUCCUCAGCUAUCCAAGGCCGGUAAGUUCCCAACCCCAGUCUCCCACAACGAAGACUUGUACGCCAAGGUCACUGACGUCAAGUCCACCAUCAAGUUCCAAUUGAAGAAGGUGUUGUGUUUGGCUGUUGCUGUUGGUAACAUCGAGAUGGACGAAGACACUUUGGUCAACCAAAUCUUGAUGUCUGUCAACUUCUUGGUCUCCUUGUUGAAGAAGAACUGGCAAAACGUUGGUUCUUUGGUCAUCAAGUCCACCAUGGGUCCUCCAUUCAGAUUGUACUAA